AUGGCCGGGAGCAGCGUCUCCGGCGGCGGCGGCCGCCCGCCGCUGUUCGCGACGGAGAAGCCGAAGCGGGUGCUGGCGUACCGGGUGUACGCGGGCACCAUCUUCGCGGGGAUCCUCCUCAUAUGGUUCUACAGAGCCACCCACAUCCCGGCGAGGGGCAGCAGCAGCCUGGGGUGGCGGGCGGGGCUGGGGCUGCUCGUGGCCGAGAUAUUGUUCGGCCUCUACUGGGUCCUCACCCUCUCCGUGCGCUGGAACCCGGUCCGCCGCACCACAUUCAAGGACCGCCUCUCGGAGAGAUAUGAUGAUGACCAGCUCCCUGGUGUGGACAUAUUUGUGUGUACAGCGGACCCAGCUCUUGAACCACCCAUGCUUGUCAUCUCCACGGUUCUGUCUGUUAUGGCUUAUGACUACCCGCCAGAGAAGCUAAACAUCUAUUUGUCUGAUGAUGCUGGUUCUGCUGUAACAUUCUACGCUCUUCAUGAGGCAUCUGAGUUUGCAAAGCACUGGAUUCCAUUUUGCAAAAAUUACAAGGUGGAGCCCAGGUCACCAGCUGCCUACUUUGCCGAAGGGGCUACCCCUCAUGAUGCUUGUAGCCCUCAAGAAUUGCUCCGCAUGAAGGAGUUGUACAAGGAUCUGACAGAUCGCGUGAACUCAGUAGUACAUUCAGGCAAGAUUCCCGAGGUUCCAGAAUGCAACCACAGAGGCUCCUCUGAAUGGAAUGAGAUGAUAACUUCUGGAGAUCACCCUUCAAUAGUCCAGAUUCUAAUUGAUAGAAACAAACGGAAGGCAGUUGAUGUAGAUGGAAAUGCAUUGCCAAAACUUGUGUAUAUGUCACGCGAGAAGAGACCUCAGGAACAACAUCACUUCAAAGCUGGAUCAUUAAAUGCUUUGAUAAGGGUAUCUUCGGUGAUAAGCAACAGCUCAGUCAUUCUGAAUGUUGAUUGUGAUAUGUACUCCAACAACUCUGAGUCCAUUAGAGAUGCAUUGUGCUUCUUCCUAGAUGAAGAGCAAGGUCAAGAUAUCGGUUUUGUGCAGUACCCUCAGAACUUUGACAAUGUGGUGCACAAUGACAUCUAUGGCAAUCCCAUCAACGUUGUCAAUGAGUUGGAUAACCCUUGCUUGGAUGGAUGGGGUGGAAUGUGUUACUAUGGCACUGGAUGCUUCCAUCGCAGGGAGACCCUCUCUGGACAAAUAUAUAGUAAAGAUUACAAGGAAGACUGGGAUAGAGGAGUGGGGAUAGCAGAAAAUGCAGAUGAGCUGGAAGAAACGUCCAAGUCACUUGUGACAUGCACGUAUGAGCAUAACACCCCGUGGGGCAUUGAGAAAGGAGUUAGAUAUGGGUGCCCACUGGAGGAUGUGAUUACAGGAUUGCAAAUCCAAUGCCGCGGGUGGAGAUCGGUGUACUACAACCCCGCUAGAAAGGGCUUCUUAGGCAUGGCCCCUACCUCACUAGGCCAGAUCCUGGUUCAGCACAAGAGAUGGUCAGAAGGGUUCCUCCAAAUAUCCCUCUCCAAUUACAGUCCCUUUUUAUUAGGCCAUGGUAAGAUCAAGCUGGGUCUUCAAAUGGGUUACUCGGUCUGUGGCUUCUGGGCCCUGAACAGCUUCCCCACCUUUUACUAUGUCAUCAUUCCUUCACUUUGCUUCCUCAGUGGCGUCUCUGUUUUCCCUGAGAUAACCAGCCCUUGGUGCAUUCCAUUCAUAUACGUCGUGGUAGCUUCAUACUCCUGGAGCCUAAUGGAGUCGCUGCAAUGUGGUGACACUGCAGUGGAGUGGUGGAACGCACAAAGGAUGUGGCUCAUGAGAAGGACCACCUCCUACCUCCUGGCGGCCAUCGACACGAUCGGGGGAAUGCUGGGCGUCUCCGAGUCCGGAUUCGAGCUGACGGUGAAGGUGGACGAGUCGCAGGCUCUGGAGAGGUACAAGAAGGGGAAGAUGGAGUUCGGGCCCAUCUCGGGUAUGUUUGUGAUCAUCACCACGAUCGCGCUGUUCAACCUGGUGUGCCUGGUGGUCGGGCUGGGCAGAGCUCUGUUGCGCGAAGGAACGGCAGGGUUGGGACCUUUGUUUCUGCAGGCUGUCCUCUGUGUGGCCAUAGUGGUCAUCAAUGCUCCGGUCUACGAGGCCCUCUUCAUCCGCAGGGACAGCGGAAGCCUGCCUUAUUUCGUCACCCUAGUUUCCCUUUGCUUUGUGUCGUCGCUCUGCCUACAGGCUAUCUAG